UAAUUUUCUAAUUUAGUACUUGUUGUUUGAGUAUAUUAUCCCCUCCUUUGUGUCCGGAGGGGAAUGGAUCUAAUUUCACGCUAGAUCCAUGCAACAAGUAUUGUCUUUUCGAUUCCUUCUUAAAUACGCGGAGGAGGAGAUGAAGAGGGGACUUUGCGCUUGGCCGAGCAUGAGACACCUUUGCCUUAGACAGAACUUGUUGUUUGGAUUUGUGCGCUUUUUGUCAAUACCUCUGAAAAGAUUAGGAGGUGUCAGCCGCACAUUUGGAGUUAAUCAUUUCUGCAGUGUGACUAAUAUGUCUUCUACCUUAGAGAUUGAAUUGAUUCCAUGUCUAAGGGAUAACUAUGCAUAUCUUUUACAUGAUGUGCAUACUGGCACAGUUGGAGUUGUUGAUCCUUCUGAAGCUUCCCCUGUGAUAGAUGCUCUAAGCAGAAAAAAUCGAAACCUGAAUUACAUACUUAACACACAUCAUCAUUAUGACCAUACUGGUGGGAACUUGGAGUUGAAAGAAUAUUAUGGAGCCAAGGUUAUUGGAUCAAGAGAAGACAAAGAUAGGAUUCCUGGCAUAGACAUAGUAGUCAAUGAAGGAGACAAAUGGAUGUUUGCUGGUCAUGAAGUAUUGAUAUUCGAAACCCCUGGUCAUACACGAGGGCAUAUCAGCUUUUACUUCCCUAAAUCCCUAGCUAUUUUCACAGGGGAUACUCUAUUUAGCUUAUCAUGUGGUAAACUUUUUGAAGGGACCCCAGAGCAGAUGCUUUCAUCCCUCAAAAAGAUAAUGGCUCUUCCAGAUCAAACAAGCAUAUACUGCGGUCAUGAAUACACUUUGAGUAAUGCGAAGUUUGCAUUGUCGAUUGAACCCAAAAAUGAAGCACUUCAGUCUUACGCCGCUCAAGUAACCCAACUCCGUAACAAGGGAUUGCCUACUGUUCCUAGCACUCUAAAGAAGGAGAAGCUGUGUAAUCCGUUUCUACGAACUUCAAGUAUGGAAAUCCGGCAGUCUUUAAAGAUUCCGGCUACUGCGAAUGAUGCCGAAGCAUUGGGAGCAAUCAGACAAGCCAAGGAUAGUUUUUAGUAUAUCAUAUAAGUCUUUUUCUUGUUUCUCUAUGUAUAGAGUAUACAGGUUUCUCUAUGUACAACAUAUUCCAAAUACAAUAUUGUGACAAAUGGUUGUUGUCAUUUAUUUUCAUAGGCUCCAUUAUGUAAGCUUGAGAAAUUAUUAUUAUUAUUAUAGUUCUGUGACAGAAAUCUAACUUU